AUGUCCAUCACGUUAUACAAGGGCGACAAGUCACAAGGAAAUGGGGUCACGUAUACAACGUCACAAGCGAAUCUUCAAAAAGACGGAAUCUUCACAACAGCCGAUGUUAACGCAGGAAACUGGAUCUUCUACCAGGGCAAAAACUACCAUGGCCCUUCAGUGAAGAAACAAAGACGUGUUGAAAGUGAUGUAUCCAUAAGUAACGUUAAUGGCUCCGUGUUCCUGGUAGAGGGAGGACUCAUUUUGUUUAAAGACACUGACUUUCGUGGAGAUAGGAAGGUACUACGAAUAUAAUUAGUGAACUUAUUCAGUAAUAACGGGGGAAACCUAUGUUCUCCUUGUUCUGCUUUACUGUUUACACUAAAAACAACGCAAAUAAAUCAAAGGCCUAUGAGACACCAAAGAUUUUUUUUUACUUCAGAUUCAGCUGAAGCCGGCUAGGAUAGAGAUUUCGAUCGCUUUUGAUUUGAACAGGCUUUGUUUUGUCAACUCUGGUCUGGAAUCAUUAUUUUCAAAAGAAACUACUUUUCUCGUAAAAAAUUAUCUUGCAAUUCAAUAAUCUGCUCAGAGAGGUAGAAUUAUGAGAUAACUUAAUUUUAACAUGCUUAUUUUAGUUCAGUCAAUUUUUAAUAUCAAUAUGUGUUUGCAAACAAAAGCCUUAUCGGCUUACCUGUAAUCAUGUAUCAGAUACUUUUAGCUACACAAAUUCAGGGUUCUAAUUCGGGUUAGGUCAAAUCUUGAAAUUUCAAAAUUCUUCGUCCCAAACUAUUCUAAUUUCAAAAUUUGGUAACGUACCAGAAAUUGACUCACCGUGAUAACCCUGGAGGAGGUGGGGAGGGGGGGUUACUCGACCAAUAUUUGAGUAUAGGUGAGCUGCUGAGGGUUUGACCCUGUUUAGGACAAAAAAUUCCUACAAUAUAUACCCUGUUUAGGACAACACAAUCAAUUUUAGUACAUUGUUUAGUACCCUGUUUGCACUAAGACGAAAUCGAUCGUGCAUGAAACACCCUGUUUAUAAUUAGAACAGACUCGCACAAAUCAUGCACACUGUUUAGGACAGACUUGCGCGCAAUUGUAUACCCUGUUUAGGACAGUCGUGCGAAAUCAUGUACCCUUUUUACGACAAAGAGGACGAAAACCAUACCCUGUCCAGCGGUACAUCCCCGUAUGGGCCAUAUAAGGGAGUACCCCCCCUCGGGGGUGAUAACAUACGGUUAAUAACUCACCAAGUUGGCGUAAAAUCCCAGGGCUUUCACAGAAGUGGGCGGCGAACUUCGAACUAAAACGUUUGCCAUUACCCCUCCCACCACCCCGGAACAGAUGUAGCCGCUGUUUGGAAGAGAAGUCACCAAUGGCGCGUUUCCCUGACUCCAAACAAUACUAAAACAAUAGAAAGAAUGACAUGUCAUUGUUUCCUGCGACCAAUUAGGAGAGACCUUACGAGCAGCUGCUACACUACUCUGAAACGAGCUAAUAUUUCACGACUGACAUAUCCGCGAAGUAAUAAAGUGAAUUCCCCGGUGGCCUUACUCACCAAUGUUUUAUACUGGGAGACUUCACCGCUUUUUCGUUGUAUUGGUAAUAUGCGAAAUCUUCUCGAUUUGAAGAGACUAGGCGCGCAAGGUGGCCCCGGUUAAUUUUUCAGCAUGCGCGCAAGGCGUUCUUGGGAAAUUCUGGAAACACGUCGUUGACUAGGCUCCAUUUCCGCCGUCUCCCGGGUCCGGUCUGGGGAUGAGUGCGGGCUCAUUUUCCCGAACAGCGGCCAAUCUAGCCUCCCACGCAGGCGUUUUAGGGAAGCUCGUCUUUCUUGGGGGAGGGAUGAAAGACGUGCUCCCCUAAAAAAAACGCCUGCGUGGGAGGCUACUGGUAAUCGAGCCUAGUCGUUGACCGGUGGGCAUUAGAUUUCAUCCUCCAAAACCUCCCCUCUUAAGUCUCUACUCUUUCUACUCUUAUACUACUACAUGAAAAAUUUCUGCAAUUUGAUUGGUUUAGAGCAGUGGUAUUUCAGCUUAAUUUGAAAUCCCUACAUGUGAAAAUUACAGACCUUUUGCGGGUAGUAGUAUAAACAAAUAAUAGCAUGAUUUGUACAUGAUAUUUUGCAUAAUUACCACUCGUGAGAUUUCAAAAUUGUCUCAAAUAUCACUUGCCUAACGGCUCGUGAAAUUACGUAUAACAAUUUCGAAAUAUCACUCGUGGUAUUUAUGCCAAAUAUCACUACAAAUCAUGCUAUUACCUGUACUUCUAGUCUUCCUCUAAGGGUUGAUUUCCACUGUCGCGUAAUUUUUACGUGCGCAAAUAAGAUAAAGGCAACGCAUGAACGGUCGCUCGUAAGCGUAAAAGUUAAACCUCGCUCAACUUCACGUUUAAUCUCGACACUCUGGGUCGGAUAUUUAAACAAAGUCUAACUUAGACCGCGGUUUAGGAAAUCUUUGGACUUUAAUUUUAAAUCUCGCCCAUAGUGGGUUAUUUUAAGAAGACAAAUUCUUUUCUAAUCUACGCCAUAUGCUUUCAUGAAACUGUUCAUAAUAAAUCAUGUUUAUAUAAAAGCGGUCGGCAAACUGUAAAUGGUUUAGAACGGCGGUUUUGUUAAACACUGGCUAAACUCCGUUUAAAUAACUGGCCCUUUAUAUCUUCUCUUAUCUUUUGUUUACGCGAUUAAAAUUUACGUGCGUUCCCCUGGUUAACGCGUGCGUAGCCAAAAACACGUCAGUGGAAAUCAACCUUAAGUCUAAGUCCCCUCAAUUAUUUUUUGGGAAGUGAAAAGGGAAAUUGACUGUGGCAUUAGCGGGAUCCUAACCGGCGGUCUUAGAAACCGAGCUCUAUCGCCUAUACCACUACACCACAGUGGAUUCAUCAGAAAAUGAUGCGUUCGUUUUACAUUUUUUUAUAGUGACAAACCUAUAAGUAAAUUAAAGUUAACCACUUAGAGUCAGUGCUUAACCCUAAUCACUAUAACGUUUUUCGAAGUUUUCAGAAAAUGUCAUAGCCAUAGAGAUAGAGUUCUAAAGUGAUGAGGUCAAAAAAAUAUAAAUUUGGGAAUUUAUAGGAUUUGUCAAGAAAUUCAGAAAGAACAAUGUCCAAAACGCCUACUCGCCAAAAAUUAGCAUUUCGGGGCAAAUUGUCUCUUAGAUACUGGUCCAGUUAGGCUCUGAUGACUCCAUACAAAUCCUUCUAAAUAUGACCUGGCUCUAAGCGUUUAGACCCUUUGGGGUGGUACAGCAUCAUCAUCACCAUCUUUUUUUUAUUUAAACAACUUGGGUUUUAGAGCUAAUAUAGCUAAUGGGGCACAUACCUAUAAACUGCAGCUAUAAAGUAAAUAUAAGGGAGCACCCCACCCCCGGGUAAAAUCCCUACCCUUUCAAAUACCUAAAGCCUAAAAAAGGUACAUCAUUCGGGCGGAGCCUCCCCCGCAUAGGUCAUUAUAGGAAGUACCCCCUGGGGGGUGAAUUCCAGCUUGGUUAGUUAGUAUUUUUUUUUUCAGUUUCUAGCCGUGUUGCACUGAUCCAAACCUCACGAUCAUCUUUACUGACAUAAUCUGAGUGUUAUCUUUUUAUUAUUAUUAUUAUUAUUUUCUUGUAGUGGUUUGGAGACAAUGAGGAGAAUCUGACCAAUACGUUCACAGGCCAACCACCUUCAGGCAUCUCCUCUGGUAUCGUGUUGUCUAACAGCCGGUCCGUAGUUUUGUACGACGACCUCAAUUUUAAAGGCAAUUCUUAUACUAUGAAACCAGGAGAGUGGUGUGAAAAGUUAAACCGCACGGACACGGGCGCCGGGGGAAAAAGCGACAAAUGGCUGAGCUUCAAAUUUAUCUAA